AUGAAGAAGCUCUGUAGCACUCUCACCACCAUCCAAGCUGUGCUGGAGGAUGCCGAAGACAAGCAAAUCGAGAGCAAGCCAAUUCGAAACUGGCUGCAGAAGCUCACCGCUAUUGCUUACGAGGUUGAUGACAUAUUGGAUGAGUGCAACACUCAUGUCUCCAAACUCAACCAGUCUCAUUCCAAACUCAGCCGGUACAGCCUCAAGAAAUUAUUGUAUCGCCACAACAUCGCAAGGAGGAUGAAGCAGGUCAACGAGAAAGUGGAGGUCAUUGCUGCGGAGCGCGAUAGGUUUCAUCUGCGCGAGAUGCCUAUUGAUAGGCCAAGAGAAGCUGCUCUUGCCUCACGCGAGACGGCUUCCCUGUUGAACCAAUCUGAUAAGAUUCAUGGCAGGGAAGAAGAUAAAGACAAAAUUGUGAAGAUCUUGGUGAAUGAUGUGAAGGAGAGACAGGAGAUGUCCGUGCUGCCAAUCAUAGGUGUUGGCGGCCUUGGGAAGACCACUCUCGCUAGACUAGUCUUCAAUGAUCCGCAGGUGAAAGAGCACUUUGAUCUAAGGAUUUGGGUUUGUGUAUCUGAUAAUUUUGAGAUGAAGACUUUGGUGAAGGCCAUGAUUGAGUCUGCCACUGGAGGGAGUGGAAAAUCAUCGGAUCUUCAACACUUGGAUGCUGCAGAGAGUCGCCUCUAUGAAUUGUUGAGCAAAAAAAGAUAUUUGAUUGUGAUGGAUGAUGUUUGGAACGACCACCAGGGUAAAUGGUUUGAGCUGAGAGAUGUUCUAUCAUGUGGCUCAACUGGUUCAUCAGUUGUCGUUACCACGCGCCAGAAGAAAGUUGCUGAUAUCAUGAGAACACUUCCAUGUCAUUGCCUUGAGGGGUUGUCGGAUGAGCAUUGUUGGGCACUGAUGCGGCAGUGCGCCUUCGAAGCAGACGAAGAGGUGUCUCUGUUAGGCAUUUCCUAA